CUUUCGAUCUCCUUCUUUCCACCACCGUAUAAAACCAUUUUUCCGGCAAUGUUGUCGUUGACUUUUCCGGCAGCCGUUGACCACCUCCCCUCCGACCCCUUUUUCGCAACCGGGUUCGACCCGUGGGCCACCGACACCCACGAAACCCCUUUUUUCCACCCAACUCAAGAGCCCGUCUUCUCGUUUUCCGACGACUCCACCCAGAAGACAAACACCUCCAAUUCCGACGCUGGAACUCCGGCGGUAGUCAACCCGAUCGACGAACGUAAGCAACGACGCAUGAUCUCAAACCGGGAGUCGGCUAGGCGCUCCCGGAUGAGGAAACAAAAGCACUUGGAGAACCUUAGGAACCUUGUGAACCGGCAUAAGGCCGGAAACCGGGACCUAACGAACCGGUUACGCUUCAUUAGCCACCAGGAACAGAUUCUUCGACGCGAAAACGAGCGGCUCAAGUCGGAAUUAGGGAUGCUCCGGCAGAAACUAUGGGACUUGCAUCAAGUAAUGAGAGUGUGGCAGCUACCAAAUAACCAGUUUUUAUCGUCUGCAUGGCCAUGCAAUAAUAAUAAUAAUAAUCACGUGACCUCCUACAAUGAACAAAUCCCACCAUCAUUAAUCACAUAAGUUAAGGUUUAUAUAUAACUACUCACUAAGUUAAUAUAUAUGAUGAAAAGGUUAGCGGUUCAACAUAAUAAUGGUUCUGAAAACAACGCGUAACUAUAUAUUUAUAUAUAUAAAUAUGUGUAAUUUUGUAAAGCAAUGGUGUUAAGUAGUUGAGGGAGGUAAUGGUGAAGUAGUGGGAGGUUAAGUUUGUGUUCACAUGAUUCUUGGUAACAAGAGUUGCCAUUUUGUAAAGAUUCACUAUGAAACAUAAUUUGGCUUAUUAAAUGAAAAGUCAGUUUGGAGCUUGGUGUCUUGUAUC